CUCAGAUAGUCUCCAUCUUCUCUUCACACAACACUCCUUUCAGAGUUAUCCUCAAUGGCGGUUCCCACAACACUUCUUUUUGCAUUGGCUCUGUCUGUCAGUUUCCAGCUUUCCACGUGCCAUGAAGUCCUCCAGGGAAAAGUUUCUUGCUCCGACUGCCAUGGCGACAACGAUUUAAAAGAUUUCAAGGUUCUGGUGAAGUGCGACAAAGUGAAAAAGUUAGCAGUGGCCACCACAGAAGACUCAGGCGCCUUCCAGGUUGAUCUUCCAUCAGACUCUGAGAAAACUCCAAACCCUUUGAACUGUCUAGCGAAGCUUCUCGGAGGUCCAGUUAUGCUCUAUGUUUCCAAGAAAAACAUGGUUUCCAAGGUUGUAAAAGGCAAAGAUUCGAAGUCAUUCGCCAUCUCUACGCCUCUUGCCUUCUCCGUCUCCUUUCCUGCAACCUUAAUGAAAGAUGGAAAAUGUAACCCCGCAGCCAAGUUUGGUUCCUCGAAGACAGUUGAUUUGCCUCUUCCAAAGGAGUGGGGGCUUGCUCCAUCAAGCUAUUAUGUUCCUUUCUUCCCCAUCAUCGGUGUUCCUUAAUUAGUUGUGGCUGUAUUUUCUGGUAUGCUGUUUACAGUGAAGAUGGGAGAAGGGCUAGAGUUUUUAGAAUAUAAUAUAUAUUUGCCGCUGCUACAUAUAUGCUUUAUGGUGGUGUGAAAAUCGUAUUAAGUUCUAUGUGUAAUGAUUUUGUGUUACCUUGUAGCUGAAGCAAAUUAUGUUGCAACUUGUCUGCUACCUGGAGAAGUUCUAUGGCAAUAAAUCUUAAUAUUUAUAUA